AUGACGAGGAAGUCUCUUUCGAGUGGGGAGUCAAGCGAGAGUGACGAAUGGGGAGGGCAUCUUGAGGGGAGCCAAUGGAGAGGCCAUCUCGAUAGCGGCGAGCAAAGUGACCCAGACGAGGACACCUUUGACUCAUGCAGUUCGUCUGAAUCCGACGACUCGAAAGGCCACCCUUCCGAGAGGGAUGGAGAAUCAAACAUAAAAAGAAUCAAUGAGUACAUCGAAAAGUUGGACAUCCUGAGGAACAAGUGCGAUCUAAAAAUAAGGCUGAAUCAGCAGAAGGAGAAGGAGAACCUCCUAAGUAACAUCGACAACAUAAACAUACAGGUGAAGAAGCACUUGUUGUUUAAGGGGAAGAUCAAUAAAAUUAACAACUCCCUUAGGGAGAAGUGCAACUAUGAUGCUUUUUCGCAGAUGGAAAAGAUCUAUAAGACCAUAUCGAAUGUUAACUCAUCAUACGAAUAUAUUACGUUAAAAAUUCAGCUGCAGGAUUAUAUAAGGCAGGUGGAGGGCUGCGUGAGGAGGAAUUACCUGGACGCCAUCGAGCCGCUAAACCAGUUUUUGCAGGUUAGGAGGUGUCUGUAUAGGUAUGGUCGGUCCGAGCUGCUGCGGGGGGGGAGCAGCCUCAAUGGGGGGAUCGCCUCAGGCCAUGGCUACCACAGCAAGGGGGCAGUCGCUCUCCUGACCAGCGAAGACGCGAUCAUUGAAAGCGACAUAAUCAAGUAUGUCCAGCAGAGGGAAAAGCAGCUGUCAGAGGACCAUCCCGAACAGAAUAACGAUGCACACCCACACUCGCAUGCGGAAGCACAGGCAUAUGCGCAGAUAUUCCAGACAGAUGAAGAGAACGUAAAAUUGCUGAACGGGUACUAUGACCAUGUGAAGGGUCUCAUCGAGGAUGAAAUCGGCGAGUGCAUAAAAUUGAAGGACGUGGAUGGGGUUAGGGCGAAGGUAGGACUGUACUUGAGUAUUUUUCGCACUCGGGGGGAUAAGAGGAAGCAGAAUGAUCAGAAUGAGCAGAGGGAGAAGAAAACGGACUCUUCUCAGGGGGGCGGUGAAGGGGGAGACGAGGGAUCCGAUGAGGAAAGCCGCCAUAAGGGAAGCGGGGUGGGCAGUCACGAUGAGGCAAGCGAAGUGGGAAGUCACGAUGAGGCAAGCGGGGUGAGCAGUCACGAUGAGGAGAAUCGCGUAGGAAGUGACAGUAGCGACCGCGGUGACGAGCACCAUGGGGGAGGACCCCCCGCUGACGUCGCCUUGGAGGAUCAGCUGCUCUACUUCGGAGAAUACCUGUUCGUGUGCCGCAUGGCCAUGAAGCUAGUCGAGCUGGAAGUGGAAAAGAAGCUGGAGCUUCUGACCAGGCAAGUAGUGAGCACAGAAGACAGCGUGUACGUGGAGUGCAUCAAAGGGACGUACACCUGCCUCUACAGACACAACGCCUUUUUGGAAACGCUUCUGGGAGAUCAUAUAGUUUGCAUUAUUUACAACAGGAAGGCGGAGCUAAUCUUUAAUAGAGUCGUAAAAUCGAUAUGCUCAAGCUUUUGCAGUCAGGCGGAGGUCCUACGGAUCGAUAACUACAAUGAGUUAACGAAAUUGGACAAAAACGUGGAGAUGUUGUCUCUACUUUGUUAUCAUUUUCAAAACAUAAAGAAAUUUUUACACCAGUUGGGGGAAGAGAAAUUUAGAAGAUUGGAUGCCAUGUUCGUUUUGGCUAGCUGGAUAAAUAAAGAGAUUUUUUCUGACCAGUCAGGCUUGUUUAAAAAUUUGCCUUACGUAAAAUGUAUACAAGAUUGCCUAUGUUCGUAUAUCGAUUAUGAGAUACUGUUUACGAAGCACUGCAUCGAUAAGGCAUUCGUUUUGACGGACGACAUUAUGCUGUCUUUGAUAGAUGACGAGAAGAGCAAGGGAAAAGACGCUAGAGAUUUUUACGAGAAUAUGGUUAACUUCGAGCAUAUAAUGAUGAGCUCUAGUAACAGCAAUGAGUACACUUCUACCCUGCUGGAUGAUGCGUUUUUCAUUUUCCAGAAGUCUGUGUGCAGGAGUAUAAAUAUGAAAGACAUUAACACCAUGUGUGUUUUGGUGAAUCACAUAAUUUUGUUCAUUGGGAGCACUCUGAAAAGGUACCUGAGUGAGAAUUUGAAAACGAGCAAAAGCAUAUACGCCGCGUUCAUUCACGAGGUUGGGAAUUUGAAGCCGUUCUCCUUCAGGGGUCUCCUUAGCAGCAUCGAUGAGACGAACUACAUGGAUGAGGGCCAGGGGAACAACCGCACCGUGGCCCUGGCACAGAACUUGGUGAGUUCGCUUAGCUACGUUCGGAGUGAAGCCCCGGAGGGGGUGGCAGGACGUAACGACCAUGCCAGUGGAAGUGCCGGCCGUAAUAAUGCGAUACGCGGGGGGGGGGGCGGUGAUACCUCUGUAAGCAGCGAGGUGAAAGGCAGUGGGAAGGGCAGUCGCAGUGGCAAGGGCAUGGGAAAUGACAGGGGCAUCUACGACUACCUGACGGCGGAGCACUAUGAGAGCCUCUUCAACCCUCUGUCGGACCGAAAAAACAUGGACAGUCAAACUAUUAACUCCAAGUUUAGCUAUCCUCACUGCGUGAACAACAUAGACUCCUGCCACCAGUACAUACAGAACUUCAAACAUUUCAUCCAUGAUUAUUUUGUGGACAAUUUCUUGAAGGAUGAAGGGGAAAAGAAAGAAAGGGGGAGGCAUAAAGGGAGGCACAAGGAGAAGAAACAGGAGAAGAAACAGGAGAAACAAACGGAGAAGCAGAAGCAAACGGAGAGGCAGAACUACCUCCUCAUGUUUGCCAACUCGUUUGCCAAUUACGAGAACCUACUUAUCGACUUCGAAAAACUGAGUGUCGAAAAUUGUAAAAAUCUGCUGAACAUUCUGAAGGUGCACUUUAUUGGGCAGCUGGUCGUCAUCGAGAGCGUCAAUUUUGAUAUAACGAGUGAGCAGUAUGCUUACUAUCAGCUGAACGAUCCAUACAUUAACGGCUUGGUCAGUCGAAUGAAGUUGAUCGUUUAUCACAUUUCGCUAUACUUCAAUCAGAACAUCUUUCAAAUAUGCGUUGGGUUGCUGGCGGAGAAGAUCUGCAAAUACAUCGAGCGAAUCGUGCGCACGAAGAAGUUUAGCCUGUACGGUUGCGUCCAAUUAGACAACGACAUCAGAAAUCUCAUGCUUUUCUUCACAUCUCUCACCAGCAUCAACGUGAAGAAGGAGUUCAGCAAACUGCUCGAAAUUUGCGAGUUACUAAAUAUAAACGAUUUGCAGGACUUUAAAGAUUUCUACGAGGAGAAUAAGAACAACUUGAGUUCCAGUGAGGUGGAGGAGAUCAUCUCGAUGCGGAAUGACAUUUCGGAGGAGCUCCUUGGGGCGAUCAAGCUGUACAUGAAUUGGGGCGCGUCUUAA